GGUCGCAGUCAGAGGCUUGCUAUGUGAAAGGAGUCACCAGCACGGAAGUUUGAGACCCACUGGUAUAGUAGAUCUCUCACUUUCUCAGUCUCCAUAGCAUAAACUAAUUUUUCCAAGUAUCUGAGCAUAUUCUCUAUUGUAUUUCUAGGAGAUUCAGUUAGCUGAGAGUCAAGUACCCAUUUCUGUGUUAGUCAUGCGUUGCGCAAAUGUAACAAAAAGAUAUUUGUAGGUGUAUUGCUUUCUGUUGCAGAAUGUUAAAUAUAAGACACAUAUGAAGGAUAUAUUUAAAACAGACGUAAUUUAAUCCAUAAACUGCUUCCCACAAACUGAGGACAGCAGGACACUAACUUCUCACCAGGACAUAGCCCCAGACCUUGGCGGUGGAAUCACCCUCCCUCCUUUCCCCAUCCUCCUUAUGAAGUUAAUGUAAAUUCUAUUAACUUUUUUGUUAAUUAACUUUGAACAGUUAUCCAUUGCUGUAUGCUAUGAGAAUUGGGAAUAAGUAGUAAGAGUUCUGUUUAAAAAUUUGUUUUCUUUUUCCAGAUUUUAAAUAGUAUUGAAACUCAUAAAUGAUUAGUGACGCCAUAGAAACCACACAAUGUCAACAAAAAGAUCCAGUAGAUUUGUUUCAUUCCGGGCACUUUGUAAAAAUAUGUGCCCCUAUGGUCCGAUAUUCAAAGUUGGCUUUCAGAACUUUGGUCAGGAAAUACAGCUGUGAUUUGUGUUAUACACCAAUGAUAAUUGCUGCAGAUUUUGUCAAAUCUGUGAAAGCUAGAGACAGUGAAUUCACAACAAGCAAAGGUGAUCGCCCACUGAUUGUUCAGUUUGCUGCUAAUGAAGCACAGGUUUUAUCUGAUGCUGCCCGUAUCGUCUGUCCUUUUGCAGAUGGAAUAGAUCUAAAUUGUGGCUGUCCUCAGAGAUGGGCAAUGGCAGAAGGUUAUGGUGCUUGUUUAAUAAAUAAACCAGAGCUGGUUCAAGAUAUGGUGAGACACGUAAGAAAUCAAGUAGAGAACCCCAGAUUUUCAGUAUCUAUUAAGAUAAGAAUCCAUGAUGACCUAAAGAGAACUGUAGAUCUCUGCCGAAAAGCUGAAGCAACUGGAGUUUCCUGGAUUACAGUUCAUGGGAGAAAUGUAGAAGAACGACAUCAGCCAGUACACUAUGAUGCAAUUAAAAUAAUUAAACAAAAUAUGUCUAUACCUAUUGUAGCUAAUGGAGAUGUUAAAACUUUAAAAGAUGCCGAGAAUAUUCAUCAUAUGACGGGGACAGAUGGUGUAAUGGUUGCUAGGGGGCUCUUAGCCAAUCCAGCCAUGUUUGCAGGAUAUGAAGAGACACCUUUGAAGUGCAUCCAGGACUGGGUUGACAUUGCUCUUGAACAUGGGACUCCUUUUACGUGCUUUCAUCAUCAUUUAAUGUACAUGAUGGAACGGAUAACUUCAAAACAGGAAAAAAGGGUUUUUAAUGUUUUAUCAAGCACCUCAGCGGUUCUGGACUACCUUAAUGAUCACUAUGGGGUGUAAUAGCUUUUAAGUAUUUUAAUCAUGUGAAUAUUGCAUUUUAUAUUUUAGAGUUGCGGGUACUUUGUUAUAGUGGUAGGUUUCCCCAUGCUUAUAUUUAUGAGACAAAAUCACAGUGCAUUGAAAGAUCUCAUGCGGUGUAACAUUACUGGACAUUUCUGAACCGAUCAUAUUAUAUUUUUAUAUUAACAUUAUUUUCAACUCAGGAAAUAUUCAUGACUUGAAAAUAGCUUUUAUAUAUGUAUGGUAAUGCAUUGCCAUACACAGGAAUGUGAUGCUGUAAGCAAAGUGUCUUAUGAGAAAAUAAAUUAUAUAUGCAGUACCAAAGUGCUUUCAAAGAUCAUUCCCAAUCCUGCUACCCUUACUCAUGCGAGUAGAAGGGCCACAGGAACAGGCUCAAAGGGUAUUAAACAGAAUUAUAUUGAAUUGUUCCCUUAAUUGAGAAAAGCUCAACUGAGAAGCCCUGCUAGUAUUUAUCUAAAGUGAAAAUUCAAUAUUUAUGUUUUGGUUUUAAUUAUGUGGGCCCCUAAAUCACAGAAGAGAAGGGCUUUACACCACUGCCUCUCUUCGGGUUCAGGUGUGUCAUUUGCUGCUCUGAAGGCCUGAAAUCCCUUAAACUGAUGUUGAACUUAGAGUUCCAGAUUUUCCUAGCCAAGUGGAAGAAAAUUAAUAUAUUAAAUUUUAGUUUUCCACUCCAUUAAUUUUCAAGUGGAAGCUCUGUGUGCUUAAUGUUAAGUGAUACUAUAAGUCCAGAAUGAAAUUGUUUUGGUAUCUAAGGUCUCAAAUCAGACCUUGAAUCAGUGCUUGAAAUUAAGCAUGUGCUUGUUUUGUCCCCUUCACUUCAAAAUAGGACUUCACUUCUGUGCUUGAAGUUAUACACGUGUUUAGGUACCUUGCAGACUUGGGGCACAAAACUUAAAAAGAUUUGUUCAACAUGCAUUAUGUACAGUAUGUGUUCCUAAGAUCAAGUGGGUGAGGUGAUAUCUUUUAUUGGACCAACUUCUGUUGGUGAGAGGUAAGAUUCUGAGCUUACACAGAGCUCUUCUUCAAGACUGGGAAAGGCACUCAGGCCAAGUCUACUCUACAGACCUAUCUCAAUAUAACUACGUUGCUCACGUGUUAAAAAUCCACAUUCCUGAGCAACAUAGUUCUGUCAACCUAACCUGCUGUGUAGACUGCGCUAUGUCAGCAGGAGAGCUUCUCCCAUGGACAUAGCUACCACCUCUCGAGAUGGAUUAACUACAAAACUCUCCCAUUGGCUUAGGAGUGUCUUCAGCAACACCAGCUCCUCAGAAUGUUACAGCUAAAUACAAGGUGGAACAGCUAAGGAGUUAACACAUCUUGCAAGAGACCCUGAAGGUGAAUUGGGUAGGUAUCACCUCUACAACCAUAGGAUAAAAGAGGUGUUAGUAGGUUCCAGACUUUUAUAAUGAGCCAUAGAUUCAGUAUCUUUCUUAAGUACUGUAACUCCUCACUUAGUCAUCCUGGUUAAUGUUGUUUCAUUGUUAUGUUGCUUAUCAAUUAGAGAACAUUCUCGUUUAAAGUUACACAAUGCUCCCUUAUAACUUUGUUUGGCAGCUGCCUGCUUUAUCCACUGCUUGCAGAAAGA